AAAUUGUUUACAUACAGCUUUCAGAUAAAUACUUUCCUAUAUAUAUUUUGUUGAAUCUAAUUAAAAGUUUGAGAAUGAACACUAGAGCGUUGAUUCUAUUUAAAGAUAAACGAUCGAGCGGUGUUGUUUAUAUUCGGAUAUAUAGACUGCUUUCUGCAGGAAAUAUUCCAAGGAGUGGAAGUGAUUGUAAAAAAUACUUAACCAGGUUUAAAAGACUUUGUCAAAUCGGCUUAUGAGAUACCUGACGCCCAUGGAUAGGUACGCAGCUGCUCUUCUUGUGAUCGGGAUGUAUGCUUGGUGUUAUGGUCAAAGUGCAGUCGAAAAUUCUUGGCCAAUAGAGCGUGGUCUGAUACUUACCAUGUCAAACAGAUCUCAUGGUUGGCCGCUAUCGAACUAUCAACUGCGCCAUCUACCGAUUUAUCCAGGUUAUGAGAAUUUCUCGGGUCUGUAUUCUGGUGUUAAGUUUCCAAACUACAAUACUCACUUCCUUAGUAUUGAUGUGGAUUACAGAACAAAAUGUAUUUAUAUGUAUGAAUAUCACCGAAGGUCAAUAGUUGUUGGAGCAGGUUAUAAUAAAGAUCUGAAUAUGAGCAACAUGGAAUUUAAACAUAUGCACAUUGGAGUGUCAAGAGGGAAUAUCCAAGUAGCAGUUGAUUGGCUGUCGCACACGGUGUACUGGACCGAUUCAGUGUUUCGAUGGAUUGUAGCAGCACCUGGUCAGAAAAACAAGAUCAAUAUGGAUUAUUAUAAAGUUAUUGCUGACAUUCAUCUUGAUAAACCUGGUGGUUUAACAGUUGACCCACUCGAAGGGUAUCUCUUUUGGUCAGAUAAUGGAAAACAUCCUAAAAUAGAACGUUCAGACUUAAUGGGAAUGAGCCGGCACACGAUCUUUUCCAAAUAUUUAGAGUCACCAUUCACUCUGGAGGCAGAUAUAUUCGGAAAACGGAUUUAUUGGAUUGAUUCAAAAUACGAGUCAAUAUUGUCAACCACCUACAAUGGGGAAGAUGUCAUAUUGAUCCAGAGGAUUCCAAAUUCAAUGUUAUUUGACCUGGCAAUAUUUAGGGAGGUUAUGUAUAUCAGUGAUGUUCGUACUGGUAACUUGUAUACUCUAAACAAAACCAAAGGUAUACAUUUGGGUAAACAAGAGUCAGCUCCUAUUAGCAUUCCACUAAAAGUUAUCUAUGGUAUAGCUGUAUACGGAGAUGAAAACCAACCUCUAAAAGAUAAAGAUUAUUGCGCCGAGAAGAACUGUGAUCAUUUAUGUAUUACAACAAAAACUGGUGCAGAAUGCGUAUGUUCUGAGGGAUACAAGAAAAAUGAAACCAGUGGCAAAUGUCAAGAUUUGAAUGAAGGCUUUCUGAAAGCAAUUGUUGUGGCGAAUAGGACUCAUAUCUGUUUAACGGACAUUCGCUCAUUUGUACAAGCAGAGUAUGAUUACGUGUGCAAAUUUACUGUAAGCAAACAGUUUACAGACACAAGUACUCCUUCCCCAGCAAGAAGAAAGAAAAGACAAGCUUUCACAACGACAUUGCCAACUGCAAGUACUACAACGGCGAGGCUAAACUAUAGUUCAACACCAUGGCCUACAACUUCUACAAAAACAAUGUCAACAGCUAUGUCGGACUCUUUAUCAACAAAUUGGACUGAAUAUGGAGAACCAGUCGAAUUCAUCAAAAUGUUUGACAUGAACAUGGAGAACAGAAUCUUCUUUUUCGCCACAGAGGGCAAUACAAUAUAUAAAAGACCUAUAGAUUUGCCAAUUGAGAGCAAUGUAAAGGAAACAAUCGUUAAAACGUCCGGAAUUAUAACUGGUCUUGCUUAUGACGCCGCGGACACUGACAAUUUGUACUGGUGUGAGUCUAACACAAAUAGCGUUUGGGUUGUAAACGUUGUAACAAAGGCGUCGAAAGUUAUCUACAACAAAAUUCCAAAUCCAAAAGAUAUUAUAGUUCUUUUGGAACACAGAAUAUUAGCAAUGAUAACAGGAACGAAUAGAAACAUGUAUAUUAGAACAAUGACCAUGGACGGUUUUAAUGUUAAAACCAUUACACCACGUAAUAGACAGAUGAUUUCCGCAAUAACAUUUGAUAGUAACAAAAACUUGAUCUACUACAUAGUGGAAGGAUACGAGUAUGGAUUCCUCUACAGUACAUCAUUUAAUACAGAGAGUUCAACUUUUAACUCCGAUCAUCCCCGAUUACCCGCCGAUGCAUCUAACCUUUUUGUCUAUCAAAAUUACUUAGUUUGGAUUCAUCCUACAAACACUGGAGGUCAUUAUGUAAAUUCGUAUGACAUCAACUCGAAAAGGGGGUUUAGAGACGUGGUCCUUGGAAACACCUCAGUUGAUAUUGUUGACAUGAAAGUUUUAGACAAACGUCUUCAGUCAACAAAUAUAACAAGUCCUUGUGCAUACGAAGAUGGCGGGUGUUCUCAAAUCUGCAUAACACAUUACACCAAUGAUGAAAUGACGCCCGUUUGCGAGUGCCGUCUAGGAUAUACCCUUGAUAAAAAUAAUGUCACCUGUAAUUCAACUAUUGUAGACGAUAACUUUCUCCUUGUGGCUGACUGGACAAAUAACGAGUUACUUCAAAUAAGCCUGGAGAAUGGCAACAUCAGUGCCGUGCGAAACCCGGAUAAUGAUAAUUAUAGAGGCGUCUUCAUUGAUGUUGAUACAAAGAAAAUAAUCUGGUCAGAAAAUUAUGACAAUAACAUAUACUCCGCAAAUUUGGAUGGAACAAACCAGCGGAUAUUGAGAUAUAUAGGAUAUCUAUAUCCAUAUCGUUUUGACAAGGAUAUGACAACAGGAAACUUGUACCUCACCACUUCUGAGUCUUCAAUUGGAAUAUUAACACCGUCAGGAGAUUAUGUGCAUUUGUAUUCCGAUUUUAGUAGGACAACUCUUGGCGAUAUUGUGGUUCAUCCAGGGAAAGGAUUUAUGUACUACACGAGCUAUAAAUAUGUGGGCCAUGCAGACAUGGAUGGGAAACACAGCGUUGAGUUAAUCAAGGGAAAUCAUGUUGAAAAAGCAGAAGGUCUAACGAUCGACUUUAUUAAUGACCAUCUAUAUUGGUCUGAUUCAAAGUACAAUACAAUACAGCGUUGUGAUCUUUAUGGCGAAGACUGUGUUACUAUAGUGAACAUGACGGGAACAUUUCAAUUCGAGGAAAUCAAAGACAUUGACACAGAUGGAAAAUAUUUGUAUUAUUCCACAUUCGGAAAAGAUCAUGUCGUCCGUGUGGAGUUGAAACGACCGCACACCAGGACUGUAGUAAGACAGAGUCCGGGCCUAGGAAAACUUAAUACGAUCACAUUUUACAGCAGCACAAACAAAAAUGUACAAGCAGUCAGUAAUGCAUGUAAAGCUCGAAAUGGUCGUGGAGACUGUAGUACAAUAUGCCUUCCAACUCAGCUUGGUAGGUCAUGUGCCUGUGAACGAGGAAUUAGGCUUAAAGCCGACGGUCGAACUUGCGCCAACGUUUACCAGUGCACAGAUCUUAUUCAGCAGACAGUUUUACUAAGUGGGGGCAAAAAAGUCGAGGUUGAUGUUACGUUCGGUAGUUCUUGUCUACGACAUCUUAACAACAAAUGCAGGUACAGGUGUCCAGUCAAUUUCGUGCCACUUUUUGACACCAUUUUAACAUGCACGAAUGUGGGAUGGGAUCUGGAGUCAGAAACUCUCUGUAGAGAAUUAAGAUGUCCAACAGCUAUUGACAACGGCCGGGUUGAUUCAAAUUGUACACGAGAAGUGGGCCAGACAUGCGAUUACCAGUGUGAUAAAGGCUUUCUAAAGACGACAGAAAUUGUCGUUUGUACAAAAAAUAGAACGUAUCAUAUACCGGAAAGUGAAUUGUGUGCAGUGGUAAAAUGUCCGUCAACAAUACCAAAUGGAGAAAUUACUGGAACAUGUAACCAAGCAAUUGGAGAAACAUGCGAGUUCAAAUGUAAUUGUGGUUUUAAAGCAGUCAGGUCCCUUCUUAAAAUAACGUGUAAUAGCACCGGACAAUGGGACGCAGCAGACAACGUAUGCCUUGAGAUCAAGUGUCCAGGUACUAUCGACAAUGGAAAACUAAGUCAAGACUGCCAAAGAAAAAUCGGUGACAAAUGCAAUUAUGAAUGCGAUGACGGGUUUGUUAUGACGAGGGAAAAGGUUGUCUGCACAGGAAAUGGAACAUACCAUGUACCUGAAAAUGGUCUUUGCACGCUAUAUAACUGUAGUGAUACAAUUGAAAAUGGUAAACUGGAUAAGGACUGUGCAAGAACGCUUGGUGAAACGUGCACGUACAGAUGUAAUAAAUACUUUUCUCCAUCAUUCAGUGACAGACGAACUACCUGUCAAUCUGACGGAUGGAAUCCGGAUUCAUCCGCUCUUUGUACAGAAUCUGUAUGUGCAAAUAAUUCUCUGGAAAAUGGAAAUAUCAUAGGAAAUUGCUCGAGUAAAGUUGGUGACACAUGCACGUUUCGAUGUAACCAAGGUUUUGUCAACACAACAAAUGUAGCCGUUUGUUUAGAUGAUCUUGUAUGGCAUCCAAAGGACAUGUGCACGGCUUUUAAAUGUAGUGAUACAAUUGAAAAUGGUAAACUGGAUGUGGACUGUACAAGAACGCUUGGUGAAACGUGCACCUACAGGUGUAACACAUACCUAUCUCCAACAUUCAGUGACCGGCGAACUACCUGUCAAGCUGACGGAUGGAAUCCAGAUUCCUCCGCUCUUUGUAAAGAAUCUGUAUGUGCGAAUAUUUCCCUGGCUAAUGGAAAUAUCGUAGGAAAAUGCUCAAGUAAAGUUGGUGACAAGUGCAAGUUUCAAUGUGAGCCAGGUUUUGUCAAUACAACAGAUGUAGCCGUUUGUUUAAAUGACAUAUGGCAUCCGAAGGAAGCAUGUAUAGGUAUUCCUUACAAGUGCGGCGGUCAAAUUGAAAAUGGAGCAUUAGAAGAUGGAUGCACAAGGACGAUCGGUUCUUCGUGUCAAUUCAGCUGUAAUAAAUAUUUUAAGUCAAGCAUCGCAACGAAACUGAUUACCUGCCAGUCUACUGGAUGGAAUCUGGGUACAACUAAACUUUGCAAAGAAUCAGUAUGUGAGGACAAAACUCUAACAAAUGGGAGAACAAAGGGACAAUGCACAAGCAAAAUUGGCGAGACGUGUAUGGUACAGUGUGAUAAAGGUUACAUUAAUACAACCGAUAAAGUCAUUUGUCAGGAUGACAGUACAUGGCAUCCUUCUGACUCGUGUACAGCAUUCACAUGUAGUGAUGAAAUUGAAAAUGGUCGUUUGGAUCCAGGAUGUGCAAGAAGAGUUGGUACUUCUUGCAAAUACAGCUGUAAUGAAUAUUAUACUCCAAGUGUAAAAGACUUCGAAAUCAAAUGCCAGGCCGAUGGAUGGCGUCCUGUUUCAACUAAUCUCUGCAGAGUUUCUGUAUGUGAGGACAGUUCCCUCUCAAAUGGAACGAUAAUAGGAACUUGUUCUAAAUCAAUUGGUGACGUUUGUGAGUUCCAGUGUGACAAAGGUUAUGCAAAUACAUCUAACUUAGUUGUCUGCAAAAGCGACAAAAUGUGGUAUCCUAGGGAGUCUUGUAAGGUAUCAGAGUGCAAGGACAGUUCACUGUCUAAUGGAAAGGUUACUGGAAACUGCAAGAAAAUGGUUGGCGAGACUUGCUCAGUAACGUGUAAUCAAGGUUUUGUCAAUACAACCUCUGUGGCUAUCUGCAGAAAUGAUUAUAUGUGGCACCCAACGGAAUCAUGUAUACGUUCUCCUCCAGCUAUAAAAUGUUCGCCUUACAUACCAAAUGGAGAGAUCACUGGGACAUGUGACUUAGCCAUAGGGGCGACAUGCAAGUUCACGUGCUACAGUGACUUUAAAGCAGCUGACCUACAUACGAAUAUAACUUGCAACGCUAGUGGACAUUGGAGCGUAACAAAUAAUCUAUGCCUUGAGCGAAUCAGUGUCACCACAGAAUCGUCGUCGUCAAAUGGAUUACCUGUGCCAGGUGUCGCAGUUGGUAUAGCGGUUUUGCUAUUAGCAGUCUUCUUGCUAAUUGGUGCUAAUACAUUUCUGUUUCUUAGACGUAAAAGCAACUUGUCACCGUCACUCCAAUCACUCUUUCGCCGAAGUAGGAAUACCGCCUUUGAAAAUCAAGGUUACAUACAGAAUACUGACCCCCCUGUCGAAACUACAGAUGUUGAUUUUUAUCAAAGUAUCAGCUUUACUGAGGGUGCUUCAUCCAGCGAUGAACAUUAUAAAUCCAGCAUUAUAAAUCCCAUGUACGACAAUGAGCCACUUCCAGAUGUUGCACAAACAGACAUGACGAACGACACAGACGACACAUGAUUCAUGGCAGAUGGAAAAGUAAAAGCUUGAUAUGGACAAAUAUAAAACAUGUUAUCACUGUGUUCAUUUUUCUUCUCAAAUAACAAAGUCGAAGUUAUGAUAUAUUAGAGAGUUUGAGAUUUCAACCUUCGCCUUCCCCUUCAACGUCUCUCAUAUAUAAUUGGGGUAAAACGUCACCGAUAUGCGUGUAUUCUAUUUAUAUCAGAAGUUGCUACUAAAGUUUUCCAUGUAAUAUCAAGUAAGCCUGAGACUUCGCUUUAUUAUUAUGUGAAAUAAAAAGCUUAGUUUCAGGAUUUCUGCUUAUUAAGUUAUUCGAUUAUCCAUAUGUAUAACUGGACUAAAUUUGAUGCGAAACACUAUCAAUAAGUAUAAGAAUAAUGAAGUUUUGUUUUGCCUAAUGAUUUUAACUAAAUACAUUGAAUUGAACCUGGAAGUAUGAAGUUAUCAACUGAUUUUGAGAAACUUUGAGAUUUUGUUAAAACUUUAACUUCUACGGCAUAUUUGUGUCCUCAGGCGGUAUUUGUUAUACCAGGUGGGCCUUUUUGUCGUAAGAAGUGAAGUUUUGAACGUCUGAAUAUGCGAUAUCACGAAAGUCAAAACUUCAGUCUUUGUACAUCUACUCUGUCCACAUACUCGGUAUCAAAGACUGAAAUCUGGAUGGAGGCACAUGGCAUGACAGUCAUUUUACUUGAAAAAUGAAUGGUAACACGCGAUUAUCAUUUGGUGGAACAUUUUAUUUUAACUUCCAAAUAAAAUCAAUCCGUUUCUGUCGGACACUUAAUAGGACAAUUGCGUUUUAAUUAUAAACAUAAAAUGGUACUAGUAAGACGGAAAAUUUUCUCUGAUGUAUCAGACAAUUUCAGAUCUAUGAUAUCAUGACGCGUUAGCCGUAUGGGAUAACUCCAUUCUUUACAUGCACGGACUCAGAGCCUGGCAGAGGGGCAUUGUGGGUCAAUCCCCCUUUGAUUCUUACAUUUUACAAAGAAAAUCGGUCUUGAAACUCGGUGUGACUACCCCCUCCGCCCCCCUCCACCCCCC